AUGGGAUACACACACUACUGGAGCGUCAACGAACCCAGCAAAUGGAGCACAAUCUGGCCGCAACUAAUCCACGACGCGAACCUCAUCAUCAAAACCCUAGAGAACACCGCACCCCUCCUAGACGAAAAAGACGAUUACCAUCUCCCCACCACAGAACACGGAAUCCGCAUCAAUGGACAAAAUUACCAUGAAGAUUUUAUCCUGACUGAGCAUCAGAGUUGCGGGUUUGAUUUUUGUAAGACGGCUCGGAAAGAUUAUGAUAUUGUUUUUGCGAUAAUUUUGAUGCGUGCGAAGAUGUUGGCUGGAUGUGCUUUUUCUUUGAGUUCUGAUGGGGAUUGGGAUUGGGAUCAUGAGUGGCAGGAUGUGUUGGGAGUUUAUGUCAAAUUGUGGCCAGAUGAGGAGAGGCCUACUGGUGAUGUUCUUGAUCAGUGA